AUGUCGACCGUCGCCGCCCCGGCCCCUGCCGCCGCCGCCGACGCACCAGACGGCGUGAUCCGCCUGUACAACAAGGACCGCUCGAUCCUCAACCAGAUCAUCGGGCAGGGCUUCAUGGAGGGCAUGGCCAAGGCCAACAACCGGGUCUACCUCCACCCCGUGACCCUCGCGGCCGUGGUCGCCCUCGCCGCCAUCAUCGACUACAAGGUCGGCUACCUGCCCGACCCGGACAUCCCCGGCUCGUCAAUGGCGCCCGUGAUCGGCUUUGCGAUGGUCGCGCUGCCCGUGCUCGGCAUUGUCGAGUGGCUGCACCGCGGGCCGUUCACGGGCCGCCUGCGCGGCGUGAUCGGCGCGCGCGACCUCGUGCAGGCAGAGAGCUACUACACGUCCCCGUCGCGCUUCUACGUGUUCGAGCACAAGGGCGAGGUGCGCGGCGAGCUCGCGCUCGACGCCCGCCACCCCACCGCUGUCGUGCCUACCGUGCUCGGCGCCGAGGAGGGCGAGGUCUCCCAGGACAAGAACGUGCUCCGCCAGCGCGGCAAGAAGGACAAGAAGGACGAGGGAGGAGCAGCGGCUGGUCUCGCGGAAAUUCGUCACCUUGAUAUCGACUCCCCCGUCCGCCGUAAGGGCGUUGCGACCGAGCUCGUUGCCACGGCGCUCGACCACGCGUUCGGUAUCGCCGGCCUCGACGGAAGCCCCGCCGCAAAGGCAGGGGCCAUCACCCGCGUCGUCGUCCUCACGUCCCCUUUCACUCCCGGCGGAGACAAGUUCUGGACCAAGCUCGGCUUCUCGCCCGUCCCUGCGUCCGAGAGUGCCGGAUGGCGUGUAGACGGUCCCCUUGGCCUGCUGAAACAGUCGGGCCACUGGCUCGCCGUCGACGCUGCGACUUGGACCCGCAAGCGCGACGAGCUGGCGGCUCCAAAGAAGGACGACUAG